AGUCACCUCAUACAUACAAGGGCGGCGUACAUACACUGUAUUAUAUUUAAUGAGAUAUGAGAAAAAUGAGAUAUGUGCUCUGAGCUGCUAUCAGUGCUAUCUCUUCAGUCUUCAGUCGUCGUCAUUAAUUCAUAUCGUAAUCUAUCAAAUGGUCAUUUGGGGAAAUGGUCAAGUUUUAAUUGCAUAUUUUAAUUCAAACUUGAACAAACAUAAUCACAAUCUCUGAAAAAUAUAAACUGAUUGAUAAAAACGACGAAGUAAAAGUAAAAUGUCUAUGAAAUUGUACUUUGACCUCAUGUCGCAGCCUGCAAGGGCUGUGUACAUGUUCCUCAGGAAAACUAACAUCCCUUUUGAACCUAAACGGAUUGACCUAAAAAAAGGACAACACUUUUCUGAUGAGUACAAAACUAAUGUCAACCCCUUUGGUUUGGUGCCCGUCAUCGAUGACAAUGGAUUCAAGCUCACUGAAAGUGUGGCUAUUUUGAGAUACUUGAGCCGAGAAAAAGGAGUUGCCGAUCAUUGGUAUCCAAAAGACUCAAAAUUGCAAGCCAGGAUUGAUGAAUACUUAGAGUGGCAGCAUCUCAACACAAGGGCAAACUGUGCCAUGUACUUCCGAGUGAAGUUUCUGAUGCCCCUUAUGACAGGCAAGCCUCCCACUGAGAAAGACCUGAACAAAUGGAUGAAGUCUAUGAACGAGACUCUUGAUAAGAUUGAAAAUAUCUGGCUCAAAGACACUCCGUUCUUGAACAGCCACCAAAUUUCCAUUGCAGAUAUUCUUGGCGCCUGCGAAAUAGAGCAACCACGCAUGGCUGGAUUCGAUCCUUUCGCAAACCGCCCUGUCCUUGCAGCCUGGAUGGACCGUGUGAAAAAAGAAAUCGGUCCUUCCUAUGAGGAGGCUCAUAAGGUUGUGCGACUAGUUAUGAGCAAAUACGAUGGAGAUUCUAGCAACUCGUCCUUUAGUAAGAUGUUCGGAGAAGAAUCGGAAAAGUCAAAACUUUAAGAGCUGUAUCUAUUUUUCAGGAGAAGGGGGCGCAAAAUUGUAAUUGUUCACAAUUUUGAUUCAAAGCUGUUGAUAUAUAUUUUUUUUAUACAUUUUAAUUGUGUUAUAUACCAAAAUUUCUUAUUGUUGUAUUAUUAAUAGUUUUUUUUGCAUUGUGUGGUACAGUAAAUAAAAGUUAUGCUUGCUAUAUAAUUUGUUAUAAAAAAAUUAAAA